UUUCGCUCUCACCGAGAACUUUGUUUACAGUCCCUUGUGCGGCGAGCGAGCUGCAUCCCCUCGUACUCUGCCUGCGGGCUGGCGGCCGCCGCAGUCCCGCCCGGCGGCCGGGAGGAGGAAACUUCCAUGCUAGAAUAUUGUCACCUCCAGUUCAUCAUUCAGCAACAUCUGACACCUCAAAGCCUGGAGCAGUUCUUUCUGCUGCAUGACUCUGCCUUGAACUGACACAAGAGACAUCUUCAGCACUGUCCCUUGGCUUUUGGGACGAGGAUUUGUUCCCAUUGAUUUCUCACGGACAUGCGCCACCCGUGCUCAGCAGAGCCUGCUCUAGCCUAGGAACCGACCGACUCGAGGCAACCAAGAUGACAAACGAACCUAUUAAAGAGAUCCUGGGCUCCCCAAAGCACCCUGAUUCUGUGACCACGGAGAAGAGCAACAACAAUGACUGUGUGAUCACCACCAUCCCUCUGGUCAGCGAGUGCCAGCUGACGGCAGCCACGGGGGGAGCGGAGCUCUCCUGCUACCGCUGCACCGUGCCCUUCGGGGUGGUCAUCCUCAUAGCCGGCAUCGUGGUCACCGCCGUGGCAUACAGCUUCAACUCCCAUGGAUCCAUCAUCUCCGUCUUUGGAUUGGUCCUCCUGUCAUCAGGACUCCUUCUGCUGGCUUCCAGUGCAGUGUGCUGGAAAAUCAGGCAGCAAAACAAGAAAGCCAAGAGGCGGGAGAGCCAGACGGCGCUCGUGGCAAAUCAGCGAACCUUGUUUGGUUAAAGACAACCAGGAGAAGGCUGGACAGAAGGCAGAGCCUUUGUAAGUCAACUUGGCUAUUUAUCAGUAGGAGAGAUUGCAGGUUUUAAUUUAACUGUGGAAAUGAAAAUGGAAUGGAUUAAGAAAUGCCCUUAACUCUGCAAGUGCUCUUAAUAUUUUCUUACUGCAGACUGGGUAGUGCAGACUUCUUUCCAAGACGGAGGAAAAACCCCUUUUCCUUCACAGAAAACUUUGUCAUCAUAACUGCAACCAUCCUAACUGCGUUCUCCAACACGCUGAUCGUGUUGGAAACGGAACUUGUGGGAACUGAGAAAAUAAUUUGAACUGACUUGAAAUGCCAGAGAUCUCCUUAAACACACACUGUGACAUUUGACCAAGGGAGAAGUCAUAACUUUUGAAGUGACUGCAAGCUUAUGGUCAGAGUGCCUGGGACUUAAACUGUAGCUCAGAAAAUAAAAACCAAACAAAACAAAAAAAGAAGGCCAUUAGAACACACUGCAGUUUGCUCAAUAAGCUGAUUCUUAUAUUUUAUGUAACUUUCCCUUCACAAUAUCUGUGGUACUUCCCCCCCUUUUUUAAACCAACUAAUAUUAAUUUUGUUUUACUAUUGAAUAGAAAUAAGUAGAAAUGUGUAAUUAUAUUGUCUAACCUGAAUAACGAGGUAUGAUUAUAGCUUAAAACAUGAGACUUUUUUUUUUGUAAAUUAAAGUGGUCAGGUUUAGCACUUUUGAUUAUUUUGCUAUAAAAUUAAAAAGUAAAUUUCAUUAAAAUAAUAUUCAGUGCUGCUAGACCUUUAGAAAAUCUUUAUUGCCAUCAAGAUAGCCUGUAUUUUCAACUCUGAUGCUCUGUGAUUCUAUUUUUGUAGAACAACCCCUGUGACAAUAACUGUGAACACAUGCACUGCUGAUCUCUUCCAAAAAUCUCUGUGGCCUGUGGACUUUGGUUUGACAGCCCAUCCCUCUGCAGCUUGAUUACCAGCUCGGUUAUUGAAAAAUCAUAGCAGUCAGUUCUGCAGACACUGGCACAGUCAGUUUGAAACACAACUAUUAAUAAUUCCUCACGGAAGCAAAGCCUCAUGUGUGGUGUUUGCUGA